AUGUCAAAGUUUCCUGGGUAUCAGAUUGAAAAGGUAGCAAUUACCAAGCCACUGAUGGAGAAAAGAAGACGGGAACGGAUGAAUAAAGCGUUGAAUGAAAUGAAGAAUAUUUUACUAGAGACGAUGGGACGCGAGAUAACGUGCCAUUCAAAGCUAGAAAAAGCGGAUAUCCUUGAAAACGCAGUUGAUUAUCUCAAACUUUUACGCGACGUGUACGGCAUCCUUCCUGGUGCUCCUCUAGCGCAGUGCAUACGAGAGCCAAUUACGUCUGAUGAAUUUUUCAAGGUGCUUGGGAAGACGAAAGAUCAGGUAGAUCAAGAACUCGAUGCAGAAGCCCUUUCUCGACAGCUCAAGAAAGGGUUAGCCGCGUGCAAGAAUGUUGUUGAAGCAACGCUCCAGGGCUAUGUCAAGACCUUUUUGACUCGCUACGGACAAUCGCGUAUGGAAAACGGUGGUUGGCCGCUCCCUCCAUCCAAGAAGUCAAAGGAACACAAGCGCAACGUCGCUCUCGUCACCAAGUUCCUGAAGAACUCGUCUGAGUACACUGGUUUUUGUCUCAUCGUCUAUGCAGAGGAGAUUCCGGAAGAGAAAAAACCUCGUCUUGAGCUAGAGCCUGCUUCUUCAAUCAUCGAUGUUGAAAUGGCGACCGAUUAUCAGCAGGAGGCGAUCAAUUUCAUUCGAUCAUUUGAUGCUUUUGGCAAGGAAGAUUACGAAAAGCUUGUCGAAGCGCUCAGACAUCGCCGGCAGAAUACAACCGAAGCAGUCACCACCUCCUUGUCUCAACUUUCGACGUCUGAAACGCCCGCGUCUCAAGCACCUUCGUCUCAAGCAGCCCCAUCUCAAGCGUCAACAAGCUCAGAAUAUCUUCCUGCAGUAGGUGGACGCAACUACGAACGUGUCGAAGAUGAUGUGAUCGCGAAAGCACGACUUGUACGAGGCUGUGUCGAAUUGAACGUCUCGAGCCGCUCGAUGAUCGCUAUCGCAGAAAUGUACGGCUUUCCUUCCGUCACCGAUCGAACGGCUCGCAUUUGGAUUGGCGCAACUGAACGACUCCAUAGCGAACACCUCCUUGAAGUCAUUCGCCUUGACAAGCCGUUUGGACUUGGCUUUGACGGGUCCAAGCUGGCCAUGCAGAAGUAUGAAGUUGUAACUGUUCUCGUCCCAGGUGAGCAGAACUUCUGCAUGGCGAUGCUUCCGGUGGCAACGGAGAAUGUCGACAUUGUGAUGAACGCCUUCACCAAGCUGUUCGACUCUCUUCCGGCCGAUCUUCAGACGACAUUUGCGAAGAAUUGCAAAUUUCUGAUCAACGAUAACGCCGCUGUGGCAAAAUCGAUUGCAAAGAAGGUGGAUGCGUUUUUAUCGACGAAGUAUAGUCUCACGCGAGAGCAUCUAACUUGCUCGAUGCAUUCUGCCAUGCACCUUGAACGCACGUUGGAGGCAUCUCUUGUCGACGAAGCAUCCCGCUGCUAUGUCUUGAUGAAGGGUCUUCUCACCACUAGCCGCACACAUGGAUACCAAGGUAGCCUGGGAAACAAAUUUCAGUUGUUUCUUGAAGGUGUUAAAAUUAAAAGACGCCUCGACAUCCCAAUCACGCCGUUUCAACUGGAGCAGAACAUCCGAUUUGGUGUUUUCUACCGUAAUGCCGCUGUCGGAUGCGUUACUUACGAUUUGAUCGUUGAGUUUUUGGCUCUCGAAGGCAAGGAAAAAGAGGCCGAAAUCGUGAAGAAUGCCAAGCCAGUCUACAUUCCUGAGCUUGUGAGUGUGCACCUCCUUUGGAAUCAUCUUUGCCUCUUCUUUUGGACAGAGACGGCGAAGGAAGCGACGCUCGAUGAAUACAAGAAGCUCAUCAAAACGUUUCAAGAGACUGUCGAGCUUGUACGAGACGCUGCAUGCCCAGCACUGUUUCUAACUUCUGAGGGCAAUCCGAUGAAGCGCACCGGAGAUAAUGGGAUUCCCGGCUUUUCUCAGCUUCUCAACUCGAUUCUUGACGAUGAAAGUGGGGCUGCUGAUUUGAAUGAGCGAAUUCGACGAAAGCUCGACCCUCUCCUUGCCACUUUCAGCCGUUUCGAGCAGCUUCCGAAGGAAGAUAUUCAGGGCCUUGUUGCGUUGACAAAUGUUCAUGCUGAACGCUGCUUCAGCAUUGCCAAGGACACCUUUGUCUCGAAGUUCAACUCAACAAAGCUCGCCUCCGUCUUCUGCUGCCGAAUUAAUUCAACUCUGAGCCACUUCAUGGACGAUGAGGAGACUCUACGUCGCUGCUUCCGAGGACUCUAUGCAGAUGAAAAGCGGCGCUCCGAUGUAAGGAAGUCUGCCCACGCUGCUGCGGUGAGCGAAAUGAUGGAGACCAUCGACAAAGAGGCAAGUCUUAAGGCUCGUCUCCAAGGGCUUACAGAACUUGCGGUUGCACUUGAUGCACUACCAAAGGAUGCUUCGAAGUUCGAUGCUGCUUUCCAGGCAUUCACGAAGGCGAACGCAGUUGUUGCCGAUUUCGGAGUCGUCACACGCGAUGAAGCUUACGAUUCAUUCACCUCUGCGAUUCGACUUAAAAUGACCGAUGAGCAGAAAGAGACUGCGGCGAACAAAGUCAAAGAGGCAAACAAGAAGCGCAAGCAGCAUAAGAAAAGGUUUGAUUGGGUCUUUCAUUUUCUACCUGCGAUCACAAAAUAUCAUUUAUUACUCGUGACGUUAAUUGGUUAUGUUGCAACAAUAGGAGGAUACACUGCCGUUUUUCCCGUUUUUGCUCAAUACAAACCUCCUGCCAGAUGCCCCACUUCACUCGACACAGAACCAAGCCUCUCAUCUUUCAAUUUUACAUUCGAUGAGAUCAACGAUCUUACAAAAAUUCCCCAAGAACCCUUCAAAGAAUGCGAAUACUACCAACUUGACUUUUCAUCAUGUGAAAACGACGAAAAAGAUGAGUUUCUUCAGUGCGCCAAAAACUUGACAAAUGAUGAAACUUCUUCAUGCAGCGCAGAAGAAGCAAUCUUCGAUACUUCUCAAUUCACUUCUACAGUUCCUACUGAAUUUCAUAUAGCUUGUGGAUCACAGCUAAAUGGACUGGCGACUUCUCUUUCCUUCAUCGGUCUCUUCAUUGGUGCCGGAACUGGUGGGUACAUGUCUGAUAAGUACGGAAGAAAAGUAACGAUUAUGGCGGGGAUCUUCUUGAAUGGUCUCUUCUUUUUAUGCCAGGCGCUUGUUCCGGGGUAUUGGGCGUUUGUCAUCUUCCGCAUCUUGGUACAAGGAUCAAAUCAAGCUGCAUACCUGACAUUUACUGUUUACUGCUGCGAAAUUGUCGGUCCAGAAGGUCGUGCUUACACGGGAAUGAUCCCCAACUUCACUUUUGCGAUUGGAUACAUGAUCAUGUCUUGGUUCUCGAUGCUCUUCCCAGAUUGGCGAGAGCUUACUCUAUUCAUCACAGCGCUGACAUUCCCUUUUCUUCUGACAUGGUGGUUGUGGCCGGAAUCCCCUCGAUAUCUCUACCAAUCUGGAAAAUAUGAAGAAGCAGAGAAAGUAAUGAAGCACUUCUUUAGAAAAUGUGGUAUAACCUGGGACUCUGAAGAAGCCGCAUUACUGGUCAAUACAGAAGAAGCCGUUUUAGAAAAACUCAAGGAAAAAUGUCAGGAGAAUAAGACCUCCGAAAUUACCGACACGAGCUCAGCAAAAACCUACUCGGCAAUCGACCUUUUCACUUCCGGCGUUCCAAUGGCCAGAACAUCGCUAAUCGUCUGCUACCAAUUUAUCGCGAUCACUUGUGCUUACUAUGGACUCUCUUUCGGCGCUGGAUCUUUGCCUGGAAGCGUCUUUCUGAACAACGUUAUCAAUGGUGCCGUGGAAGUGAUUGCCUACGUGGUUGCCUUUUUCUUGCUGAAUGUCCUAGGAAAGCUUCAAAACUGGAGAAAACUUACGCUUCGAAAUAAACUUUUGAAGCUUGAAAAGGACGAAAAGCGUUGCUGA